AUGAACUUGCCCCGCGAGAGAGGUCCGGAGGGAAGAUAUUACUUUAACAGUUUACUAGAACAACAGAGGAGUGCAUUCUCGAAAUUCAACCUACUGGCCCAUCCACCUGCGGACAACGCGCCCUUGGCGCCUUUACGAGAUGAGGUCUUGUUGAUUGAUCCGUGCUCUGGGCAUCUAAGUGCGGGGGCUGAGGUGGAUUUGGCAACUAAAGGAAGACCUCAAUUUAUAGAUAUCCCUUAUAUUCCGUCUGGAUUAUGGGUCGCCCCCGGUUCCAGAGAAAGGCCCCAGACUCCUUCAGUCAGGCCAUCAGCCGGGACAUGCGACCUGUCAGAAAACAAGGCAUGGAACUCAAGGUCAAUGUCAGACGCAGCUCUUCGGGCCAGUCUUGGAGGAUGUCAGCCCCUCUGGCUCCAGUCAGUGGAUAGAGAAGGCAGCACAACGUUAUAUCUACACUUCAGUGGCUCAGAGGUCAGGGGCUAUGAGGACGUCGGUUGGGACGCAAAAUUACCGCGGCGCAUGAAGCCCCCAGCAACCACCCUUGAGAAAAUGGCGGACCCUGUGAAUCAGCAUUUCACCCAGAAGUGUUACCACAGCAAACCAGAGCUGUGGCAGCACCAGUCCCUGCCCAAACACCUGUCAAAUUCCAUUGUAUGGUCUGCCUCUUCUACCCAGCUCUGCCCCAUGGUGAGUCCCUAG